ACAAAAAGCAACAGCGAGUCUUCCACCCACGAAGGAUUCGUUCUUGCUCCCAAUCGAACCUGCGUCCCCCGCCCCCCUGCUCCCUCGAAUGGAGCCCUCUUGAACCAGACUCUGUGCGCUCUCUGUCCAUUGCCGUUCCCGCCCAACCCUCGCUGCGAUGUCGUCGCAAGAGCCCAAGCCUCGAGAGACCACCCUGGUCACCUCUCCGGCCUCGCUGGAACCACAUUCCGGACCGGGUCUCGAGACCGCCCCUCACUCCAUUUCGUCCGGCGACGCUGCGUCUCCCUCGCCAUCUCAGCAGCAGCAACAGCAACAACAGCAACAACAGCAACAACAGCAACAACAGCAACAACAGCAACAACAGCAACAACAGCAACAACAGCAACGCCAUCCUCCCCAGCCGUCAGCUGCAUCAGCAGGUAGCAUCGGCGGCCUCGUCAAGCAAGUUCCACGAUCCCUUUCGUGGCGGCAAGAAUACGAUCAGCUCGACGUCGAGGAAAUCUUCCCGUGCGAGAACUUCAAUCUGGUGGCAAAGGGCAUCUACCGCAGUGCCUUCCCGAAGAAGAAGAACUUUGCCUUUCUCAAGAAGCUCGGCCUCAAGUCGAUACUAACUCUGAUUCUCGAAGAGUAUCCCGAGCAAAAUCAAAAGUUUCUCGACGAUAACGGCAUCACGCUGUUUCAGUUUGGCGUCGCUGGAAACAAAGAGCCCUUCGUCGAUAUCCCUGAAGACACCAUCUGCGCGGCACUCUCGGUGAUGCUUGACCAACGAAAUCAUCCCAUCUUGAUCCACUGCAAUAAGGGCAAGCAUCGAACAGGCUGUCUGAUCGGCUGCCUGCGCAAGCUGCAGCACUGGAGCCACACCUCAAUCUUUGACGAAUACCGGCGGUUCUCGCACCCAAAGAGCCGCUCCAUGGACCAACAGUUUAUCGAGCUCUUCGACACCUCCAAGGUACCCUACGACCCCCGCUAUCUGCCCAGCUGGCCCGAGAUUGAUCUACCUCGGACUCGUCGCUGAGUCCCCAAGUACUCACCAGCUUAGUGAUCGUCAUCCACGGACACGAAAUGGCGCUGGAGCAGACUUUGGACGGUCGACAGCCAUGCUGAAUGUGCGUUAUGAUCACAUGGCAAGUCGUGGCUGAUGAUCAGGACCGGCUAUCGUUUCAGCCGAACCAGAUAGCUCAUAGAUCACCCCGUACGACCGAUUCGCCUCCCCAUCUGCCCUUGCGGAGAGUCGCUUACUUGAAAUCAAGGCUGGAUCGACCUGCCACCUGCCGCCGUCGCCUCCCCGCCUUUGCCAUCACUCUAUAUGAAUGCCCUGGAAGAUUAUCCAGACGUCGGCUAUACCGGUUGACGCUGUCUAUGCACUUCCUCUUUUGCUCUCCUCUCUCGCUGCCCUUCAAUCUAUUGAAUCCAUAUCAUGUUGAUGACUGAGUAUGAGACGCGAUCUACCGAGUCGUGCGUCCUGUGGAAUAAAAUGCAUGAAUCCUCACGAAGCUCUGC